UUUUAUUUAACUUUUUUAACAAAAACAUUGGGUGCCAUAUAUUUUCAAUGUACGGUAACGUGAACAUUGAGCGGAAAGUACCAAGUUCCUUCCUCUUUUUUGGUUUUGGUAUAAUUUUCAUCUUCUUUGACUCUAAGAAAAACCAAACUCUCAUGUCCAUAAAAGAAAAUCUCUAAACAAGAACUCUUCAAAGUAUAUCUCCUUUUUUUAUUUCGCUCACUAUGGGCACUGCAAGAUCCAUUGUCUUAGUCUCACUCUUAUUCAAGCUUUUCCUGUUUUUGAGCGUCCAUGUUGGGGCUCAGAGAACAACAACAGAUUUUACUUUCCGAGGUUUUCUUGGAAACCAAUCAAAGAUUCGGAUUGAAGGAGCCGCGAUGAUCAAACCCGACGGACUAUUGAGGCUCACUGAUCGGAAGUCAAACGUUACCGGUACGGCUUUCUACCACAAACCGGUGAGAUUGCUGGAGACUAGUAGAAAUUCCACAAACGUCAGAGUUCGUUCCUUUAGCACUUCUUUCGUCUUUGUCAUAAUCCCUUCAAGCUCAAGCAAUAAAGGUUUUGGAUUCACAUUCACACUAUCUCCAACCCCUUAUCGUCUCAAUGCUGGAUCCGCACAGUACUUGGGAGUUUUCAACAAAGAGAACAAUGGGGAUCCUAGGAAUCACGUUUUCGCAGUGGAAUUUGACACGGUGCAAGGAUCCAGAGACGACAACACCGACAGAAUAGGAAACGACAUCGGUCUGAAUUACAACAGUCGUACUUCGGAUCUCCAAGAACCAGUCGUGUAUUACAACAAUGAUGAUCCUAACAAAAAAGAAGAUUUCCAGCUUGAGAGUGGCAAUCCGAUUCAAGCACUUUUGGAGUAUGAUGGACCAACACAAAUGCUAAACGUCACCGUUUAUCCGGCGAGAUUGGGGUUUAAACCCACAAAGCCUUUGAUCUCUCAACAUGUUCCAAAACUGUUAGAGAUUGUGCAACAAGAAAUGUACGUCGGAUUCACCGCGUCGACGGGGAAAGGUCAGUCGAGUGCUCAUUACGUAAUGGGUUGGAGUUUCUCAAGCGGCGGAGAACGUCCAAUUGCAGACGAACUCGAUCUCUCGGAGCUUCCUCCUCCGCCGCCGAAUAAGGCGAAGAAAGAAGGUUUAAAUUCUCAAGUCAUUGUUAUGAUCGUGUCUUUAUCGGCCGUAAUGCUGGUCAUGCUUGUGUUGCUCUUCUUCUUCGUCAUGUACAAAAAGAGAUUGGGACAAGAAGAGACUCUUGAAGACUGGGAAAUCGAUCAUCCUCGCAGAUUGAGAUACAGAGAUCUCUACGUAGCCACGGAUGGAUUCAAGAAGACGGGGAUCAUCGGAACCGGAGGAUUUGGAACCGUUUUCAAAGGAAAACUCCCAAAUUCGGAUCCAAUCGCUGUGAAGAAGAUAAUUCCCAGUAGCAGGCAAGGUGUUCGAGAAUUUGUCGCAGAGAUCGAGAGUUUGGGGAAAUUAAGGCAUAAGAAUCUGGUCAACCUCCAAGGAUGGUGCAAACACAAAAACGAUCUCUUGUUGAUUUACGAUUACAUCCCCAACGGAAGCUUAGACUCUCUGCUCUACACUGUACCGAGAAGAAGCGGCGCCGUGUUGUCGUGGAACGCGCGUUUCCAGAUCGCUAAAGGAAUCGCGUCUGGUUUGUUGUAUCUUCACGAAGAAUGGGAAAAGAUUGUGAUUCACAGAGACGUGAAACCUAGCAACGUUUUGAUUGAUUCAAAGAUGAACCCUAGAUUGGGAGAUUUUGGACUCGCGAGGCUUUACGAACGCGGAACGCUAUCGCAGACAACAGCACUCGUUGGAACCAUUGGGUACAUGGCGCCAGAGCUCUCCCGCAACGGUAACCCCUCAUCUGCGUCUGAUGUUUUCGCGUUUGGCGUUUUGCUGUUAGAAAUCGUCUCCGGGAGAAAACCGACGGAUUCCUGUAGCUUCUUCUUAGUCGAUUGGGUCAUGGAGCUACAAGCGAGCGGUGAGAUCCUCAGCGCGAUCGAUCCGAGAAUCGGAUCUGGUUACGACGAAGGAGAGGCAAGGCUUGCUCUCGCCGUCGGUUUGCUCUGUUGCCACCAAAAACCGACGUCUCGGCCGCCGAUGAGAAUGGUGCUCAGGUACCUGAACAGAGAUGAGAAUGUUCCUGAUAUUGACGAUGAGUGGGGAUAUUCAAAGUCUUCAAAAAGCGAAUUCGGAUCCAAUUUUGUAGGAUAUGAUUCGUUGAGCGCAAUCGCUUCUUCGUUCGUCAACAGAGUUUCUUCGACUUCUCGUAUCAGUCAGUAGUGGAUAAUGCAUGUUCACUUUCUUUUUUGUUAAUUAAUUUUCUUUUUCCAUUGUAAGCAAUAUAAUAUUCUGAUAAUCAAAAUUUUUAGAUGAGGGAUUAUCAUU